GUUCCAACCAUUUUAUAUGCAUCAGAAUGAGUGUUUUUCAGCGUCAUAAACCUUUGAUGUCGGGUACAUCUUCAUCCUGCAGACAAACAAAUGAGCUUCCUAAAGUCUGCCAGUCACCUCCUCUUUCUCUGUCUUCUCCUGUGAUCAAGAAGAAAGCUAUCCUACUCCCAUCGUUUGAUGAAAAGGGGCUCAUCUUUGAAAAGGGCAACACUAAACUCUCAGCAGUUAACAGCAGAUCUAAUGAUGUAAUUUCCUCCAAAACCUCAUGUCAGCUUAUGCGAGGUAAAGAAUGUCUGAAUUCACAGAGAAACUAUGGGGAGAGAGCUUCAACACUUCCAAGGACAAAGUCCUCAACACACAACUCUCUGACGAUUUCUGCCGAACCCAACAGCUGCAUUUCCCCUGCUCCACAGCCAAAUUCCUCUCCCACACUCCACACUUUGAAACCAAGACCAAGGGAUUCUCUUCUUCCCCCCUCCUUGGUGUUGGGUGAUUUUCACCCGAUACUACAGCAGCCAGACCGAAAGCCAAGCGUUUCUCCAACUCUGACAGUCCCAACACCCAGACGGACCCCAUCACCCUCAUCGGCUACCGAUUGCCAACAAGAGAGACAGCCUUCUCCUGUUGCUCAGGAGAGGCAUGCUCGAUCUAUUUCCAUUUCUAACAUGGCAGUGGAGCCGGUCAACAAGAUCAAGCAUGAUGUUCUUGACCAAGGAGCGUUGCUGGACUUUACUCAUUCUGGGCAUAGAAGAGUCUGCAGAGAGACUCGACAGACUGACUCUUGCAGGCUUCCAGCAUUAUGUCACAAUUACUGCAAAGUUCAAAGUAAAGGUGGAUUGAAGAAAACAGAAAUUACAGCAACAGAAAAACCAAAGACUCCAAACAGGAAUUCAAAUAUUGCUACCACGUUGAAACCAAAACCAACAGCAGAACAGCAAAAGCAAUGUGAACCAAAGGAAGUGAUGAGGUCUUUGGAUGUUUUUCCAAGAGAGCUUGAUGCCUCUUCAAUGAAGUCAAGACUUCGAAGUAGGUUAACAGACUACAACCUCAGGAGCAAUUACACUCACACUUCUGAAUGUACCACCUUUGAUCAAUCAUUUGAGAGAACAGAUUGCAGUAAAAGAACAAAGCUUACCAAACCAUCCCUUUCUGCAGAUUCUCACAUAAGUUUUAAUUCAGACAGAAGUGAAACAAGAAGAAGACAAUUUUAUUUGGACACUGAAACAAGAGUAAAGCCAGAAGCUUUAUCUCUAAACAGCAAGUCCUCUCAGAAUCAAAGGUCUGCACCAAACCAGGCCCUGAGGCAGUCCACCCAAACAGAUGUAAAGGCUGCGGUAAGCCGAUCUGAGUGUGCAUCAGAGGAUUUCAGCUGCCUGUCAAAAGACUUCAGUCAGACACCACCGAUGUCUGGUAGUGCACGGAGAUUAAAUCAAGUUAAGACACAUAUAGAGGCAUCUCAGACCCUGGGGAUCCUCCAGUCUGCAUCCGAUGAACCUCUUUAUUCCCAGGAUGGAGCCUUUUCAAAUCCUGACCUCCACCCUAAACAUCCCUGGAAUCAGGCGAUGACUAAGCAACUUGAAAACCACAGAGAGAUGAACUUCAGUCACACAGUUCUGAAUCAAUCAGGUGUUUGCAAAACACCUGACCACAAUGUGGGUCCAGAAUACCCCUGGGCCCCAUCCAUGGCAGGAUGCCCAAUCAACAGAAACAGAUCUGGUCACAACUGCAAGAGAGUCUCUGAGUGGCCACAGCAGAUUGUUUUCCAGCCUGCUGCAGAAACACAAGGUUGUCAACAAAAACACCAACCAAACUACUUUGGCCCAGACAGAGCAUUUAUCACAGAGGAUUCAGAAGACCCCUACUAUGUCACCAUGUACUAUCCAGACUCAGUGUAUGUAGGUUUCGGACCCGGUGAAAUCAGCCCGGCUUCUCUUUGCGCGGACGGACUGAUCGGGGAUCGGUGA